AUGUGGCCUCCAAAGCUCCGUGACCACCAGGCUGAUGGUCAUGAUGUCGAGCAGAAUGAAACAACUCCAUGGCUACAGCACACAGGAUGCCCUCGCUUAUUUCACAACCGACCGCUUGGGAUCAUUGCGGCCACGGCAAGGAAGUCCAAGCCAGCAUGGAACGAAGAUUAUCUGUUGGGCCAAUGGCAUGAUACAGCACUCCGAAGUCCAGCUGCCGUAGAAGCCCAGCUUCGAGUUAUACUCCGUGGUGUCGACCUCAUGGUUGAUCGAGCCACGUUCAAGUUGGCCAAGACUUCAUACAGAUCUCGAUGCUGGUUGAAUACCUACUAG